GCAGAGACGCAAUUUAGGGCGAAACGCAAUCCCCAUGGACAUUACGAUGGAAGUGAGUUUGUGAAAUCUCUCGCUGGCCUGGGAGGUGGAUUGGGAGGUGGAUUUGGCGGAGGAUUUGGCGGAGGAUUCGGUGGCGGUGGCGGAGGUGGCGGAGGAGGUGGCGGCGGAUUUGGCAGUGGCGGAGGAUUUGGCAGCGGUGGUGGUUUCGGUGGUUCUAAAGGAGGAGCUGGUUGUCAGACUGGAGGUUGUGGAAGCUCUGGAGGCGGUGGUCCUGGAGGACACGGUGGUCCAGGAGCUGGCGGUCCUGGAGGAUACGGAGCUGGCGGAGGUACAGGAGGAUUCGGUGGUCCGGGAGCAGGUGGUUGUCAGACUGGAAGUUGUGGAGGCCCUGGAGGUAGCGGUCCCGGAGGAUACGGUGGCUCCGGAGCUGGAGGCUACGGAGGAUCCAGUGCUGGAAGUCAUGCAGCAUCCACUGGAGUAAUAAAAACCGGCGCUAGUAGUGGAGCAGGUGCUGGUGGAUAUGGUGGCGUAGGCGUUGGACCUGGUGGCUCCGGAGGUGGAGCUGGUGGCCACAGCGGAAGUGGUGCCGGAGGUGGAGCUGGUGGCAAAGCUGGAGCUGGUGGAUACGGAGGAAGUGGAGCUGGUGGAUACGGGGGUGCAGGAGCUGGAGGUGGAGCUGGUGGAUACGGUGGAGCAGGUAGUGGAGCUGGAGCUGGUGGAUACGGUGGAGCAGGUGGAAAAGCUGGAGCUGGUGGAUACGGCGGAGCUGGUGCCGGAGGUGGAGCUGGUGCCGGAGGUGGAGCUGGAACCGGAGGUGGAGCUGGUGGAUACGGUAGCGCAGGUGGGAAAGCUGGAGCUGGUGGAUACGGGGGUGCAGGAUCUGGAGGUGGAGCUGGUGGAUACGGUGGACCAGGUGGCGGAGGUGGUGCUGGUGGAGCAGGUGGCAAAGGUGGUUACGGUGGUUACGGAGGAUCAGGCGCUAGCUCCAGCGCCAGUGCCAGCGCCAAUGCCAAUGCCAAUGCCAAUGCCAAUGCCAAUGCUUUCGCAAGUGCUAACGCGAACGCAAACGCUCUUGCUGGUUCAAAUGCGUUUGCAUCUGCUAGUGCAAACGCAAACGCUGCCUCCGGCCCUGGAGGAGGAGGAUUCGGUGGUCUCGGUGGACAUGGAGUCGAUAUCUUCUCCCGCUCGGGUGACAUCGACGAGGGAGUGGAUAAAAGCGGCAGCGUGGGUAAUGCAAAAGGUGUCUACAGCAGCAGCGCAGCGAAUCUCGACUCCUCUGGAAAAGGAACGUACAAAGUAUCGGCUGGGAAAGUGGUUUAGACGGUCUCGUCUGCGCGGGAGAUUCAAAUCGUCGCCUUAAGAGGAGGACCAGCUAGAAUUUGAUCUGUGAUCAGACGUAAAAGAAAGAAAGUUUGCACAACUCGUCGGAAACUUGUCCAAUUCAUGGACCGUUAUUUUCACUAUUUCUUGUAUUCGCGAUGAAUAAAAUGCGCGAACGAGUCUCUUACGACUUUGAACAUUACGUAAACUGUGCAGUUCGAAUAAACGAAUCAUCCCUACUUGUCUAUGAAAUGUUACUCGAUAUAUCCUCUACAGUGAUCUUCUUACAAGUAUAUAU